AUGAGUCUUUCUAAUGAAAAGCCUAAACGAAAGGUACAGUCAACUUUAGCGAUACCGAUUCACAACACCAUGGUAACGUGUCCCACUUGUGGAAUGACGUAUAAUUCACUGAUUGCAACUGAUGUUGCAAUGCAUAGGAGGUAUCACACAGAGUUUAGCAAUGGUAUUAGUUGGCCUAGCGCUCUUGCUACACGAGCAGUGUUGGAAACGUACAAUAUAGUGGUGACUGUCAAGUCUAACAAGCUUGGUCAAUUGAAGAACCUGGUUAAGCGAGAAACGAAGAAAGCUGUUGUACAGACUAUUGACAAGAGCAACAAAAAGCAAGUGGAAAAAGUAGAGCAAUUACUCAAAAUGGUGAAUCGAGAACUAAAUGCUUGCGAUGACUCUAAACAGUGGAGGUCAGAGAAAUUCGAAAAUAGCAAAGCGUUUGUCCUUGUGGUUGAGAACAAGGCUAUUGGAGUAUGUACGACUGAUACCAUUAAUUGUGGGCAAUGGCUAGUACACGAAACCCAAUUUGUGGUGCCAAAUCAAACCAUCAAAAAUGUAUGCAUUGGUAUAUCCAGAAUCUGGAUUGCACCAAAAUGGCGACAAAAUGGAGCUGCACGCUUUUUACUAAAUUGCGUAUUGAAGAAUUCCAUUUAUGGGAAAGUGUUGUCAAGAAAUCAAAUUGCUUUUAGUCAGCCAAGUCACGGAGGUGGAUUGCUAGCAAAAUCGUUCAAUGGUGUGCUUCACAAAAGCGGCAAAUUUCUAAUUCCUAUAUAUCAAGAAUUCUAA